GUAAACAAAGCAGCAGCAGGCGAGAAAGGCAAUGACAGGACGUGGAAAUUGAGGCUUUUUUAUCGCAUUUGGGGCCAUGUACACGUUGCUUUCCGGAUUUUACAAGUACCUCGUGCAGAAAGACGAGUACUGCGUCCUCAUUCUCGGCCUGGACAACGCCGGAAAGUCCACGUACCUGGAGGCGGCGAAAACCAAGUUCACCAAGGGCUACAAAGGACUGAAUCCUAGCAAAAUCACCACCACCGUGGGUCUCAACAUCGGACAAAUUGACAUUAAGGGCGUUCGACUGAGCUUCUGGGACCUCGGCGGGCAGGAGGAGCUGCAGAGCCUCUGGGACAAGUAUUACGCAGAAUCGCAUGCUGUGAUUUACGUGGUCGACUCGGCCGACAGGGAAAGAAUUCCAGAAUCGAAAAACGCAUUUGACAAAAUGAUAAGCAGCAACUUCUUAGAAGGCGUGCCUCUGCUAGUGCUGGCCAACAAACAAGACAUUCCUGAUUGCAUGGGCGUGCGGGACGUGAAACCAAUUUUCAACCGCAGCGCCCACUUGAUCGGCAGAAGAGACUGCAUGGUGAUGCCCGUUUCAGCGCUCACAGGUGAUGGAAUCAACGAGGGAAUUAACUGGCUUGUCGACUGCAUCAAGAGAAACAAUAAUCUAAGACCGCCGAGGAACCAAGAGGAUAUGUGAACCACCGUUUUUCUCAUAAACUACUAUUUUCUAUUUGCAAUGUUAAACAUCACUAUUUAAUUAAGUUACUUUUUGAUAACUAUGUUUAAAGUUGAAGUUAGAUUGAAUGAUUAAAAAUAUCUGUAUUAAUUUAUCAAA